GAAAGAAAGAGCGAGAGUGUACGUGAUGAGAGAUUUUAAGACAGCCGUCUUAUUAUUUGAGAGAGAGAGAGAGAGAGAGAGAGAGAGAGAGAGAGAUAUGCGAUAACAGCGUUUGCCCUGUUCACAUUUGACUCAGUUCUUCUCACGAGAGACAAGCAGAUACAACGACACGCCAGAAACUUCAGACAGUUCCUUAAAGACCGAACUCUGAAGGUUGUUCAUCCCUCCGUGGAACACUGAAUGAGACGUUCUGCAAGAGGGGAAAAAACAGCAGAGAGGAGCCGUGAAUAGAUAGAGAUUUUUUGUGGGAAGGGCACCUGCCCUCCAGCUUAGUGUGAAGGGCAUGUAAUGGAAGAGUGCGAGGAGGAUACAAGGAAAGAGAAAUAGAGGAGAGAAUGAAGACAACUGGAAAACAAGUACUUCCUCACAGAAAGUGUCACUCAAAUUAGCUCAUCUCACCACAAGCCAAGAUGAUUACCAGGAAUCUGCUCCUAUCGGUCUCCCUAUGUCUGUGGGAGGGGCUUAUGAGAGAAGGUUCAGCCACUAAGAUCAUCAGGAGAAGAGGGGUGGGUGGGGUUAACUUGCUGAAGUUUGGGGAGAACAGAGUAGCCGACCAAUGGGAUUCAAGUGUGGAUUCAAAUGUGAUGCCAAUGGUGACUCUUAGAAACUUGAUUGGUCAUGACCAUGGUGUUGAUAGUGGCUCCAAAAUAACCCAGAAUAAUGCAGCCAUAACAGCUAAUAAGGAGAGGGAGACUUUUAAACCUAAUCCCGUGUUAGACUUGGAAGAAGACCCUGUCAAAAAAGGGGAGUCAACUCUGUCUGUGUCACUCAAUGACAGGGAAGCCAUCCAGGAGAAAGGGCUUAGAAAGAGUAGGAACAGCACCAAAAACGCUGAAAAUCCCACCAAGACAGGGAAGAUGGAGAAAGUAUUCUUAGUCCACCACAGGCUAGACAUGCACUCCAAUAAAACCAGAUUCAAAUCCCUUCCCCGAUCCAGAGUCAGAUCAGAUCUGAGCGUUCACACCACAGGGCUGCCAGGCAGAGGACUCACUAAGGAUUCAACAAGAAACUUAAACCCAACCGGCAGCUACGGUGUCCUGAAACUACUGUCAAAAGAGAACCUGGUGAGGAUUGUGAACUCACAGAUUCAGAGCAAGAGCAGCCGAAGCAGAAAGAGAGAUUUGAUUGAUGUGGAUCACAGCCAGUUGGAGGCCCUGAAAUUACAGAAGCAAGAUAUGGCUGUCACUCAAAACCAUUUCACAUUGGAUAACCAAACUGCUCUGCCACAUGUAAGCGCUGUCACAAAUGCUGAUUUCAGUCCAGAAGAGGCUGUUCACACUUUAAGUGUAGCCACUCCAGAUUCUGGUGUGGGAAAGGACAACUCUGAGAUGAGGGGUUCAGAUAGCACAGACACCUGGAUGAACAAGCACAUCUCUCACCCUCUGUCACUGCCUAUGAAUGAGGUCAGUCUCAACACUGAGAGGGAGGUGACCAACAGUCAGACUGACCCUCCAGCCACGACCAAGCAUCUCCCCUCAAACGUCCCUUCUCAGACAGAUGCUGGCCAUCCAUCAGUGUUCACCCUGCAGCCCCAGAGAAAGGGGACUCAAGAUUUCGAGGAGAGCCUUCUUCAUACAGCCGGACCACGACUCAAGAUCCUGAGUCCAAGUGCCACUCAAGACCCUGUAGUUGGCGCUACAGAGUUAAUUAACAGCAGCCAUGUCCUCAAACUCCGCCCAGACCCAUACUGGGGGGUCAGCCAGGACAAGGCAGCCAGUGGGGUGAUGACAGUCGAGUCCGAGCCCGGUAAUGGCUGGGGCCUGGUGUUCCAAGAGGCGGAGUCAGAUGAGGAGGAGGAAGAGGGGCCUGGUCAGACGGGGGGGGAGGGGACUCGGUCCCGCAGCAGAAGGAGUUGGAUCUGGAACCAGUUCUUUGUAAUUGAGGAGUACAGCGGGCCGGAACCUGUGCUCAUCGGAAGGCUGCACACUGACAUGGACAGAGGUGAUGGACGCACCAAGUACUUGCUGCGUGGUGAGGGGGCGGGGUCGGUGUUUGUGAUUGACGAGAAGACAGGCAACAUCCAUGUUACCAAGCCCCUGGAUCGUGAGGAGAAGGACGAGUACCGCCUCAUCGCUACAGCAACCGACCGGCAGACCGACCGGGCCCUGGAGCCAUCAUCCACGUUCAUCAUCAGAGUACAGGACAUCAACGACAACCCCCCUCUGUUUGAAGAAGGGCCCUACAGCGCCACCGUGCCUGAGAUGGCCAACAUAGGUACUUCUAUAAUCCAGGUGACAGCGACAGAUGCUGACGACCCAACUUAUGGGAACAGUGCCAGACUGGUGUAUACACUUGUGCAGGGACAGCAGUUCUUCUCUGUGGACCCACAGACAGGUAUCCUGCGUACAGCAGUGCCUGAUAUGGACAGAGAAACCCAGGACCAAUACCUGGUUGUCCUGCAGGCCAAGGACAUGGGGGGCCAUCUGGGAGGUCUUUCAGGGACCACUACUGUCACUGUCAGGCUGAGUGACGUCAACGACAACCCUCCUCGCUUCACCCAGAGUAUGUGGUCCUUCUCUGUGUCAGAGCUGGCUGUUCUGGGGGCGGAGGUGGGCCGUAUCUCAGCAACAGACGCUGACCUAGGCGACAAUGCCAAGCUGGAAUAUACCGUCCUGGAAGGAGAGACGGGAGACACCUUCAACAUCAGUGGAACGAACCAAGAGGCCGUGAUCACCCUGAACAAGGCUGUAGACUAUGAGAGUCGUAGCUCCUACUCCUUCUCCGUGGAGGUGUUGAACCCUAUGGUGGACUCUCGGUUCCUGCGCCGUGGGCCCUUUAAGGACCGCGCCUCCAUCAGGGUGGCUGUGCUGGACGCUGACGAGCCGCCUCGUUUCUCCCGGACGCACUAUCGGAUGGACGUGUCCGAGAACUGCCCUCCCGCUUGCACUGUGGGAAGGGUUAGUGCUGUGGACCCUGAUACUGGACUCACCAACAACAUCAGAUUCUCUAUUGAUCCCCAGUCAGACCAGGAGGCUCUGUUUCGUAUCACUGCAGACAGCGGCCUCAUCACCACGGUAAUGGAGCUGGACCGUGAGCGCGAGCAGUGGCACAACAUCACCGUCAUCGCCAUGCAGAGAGACAACCCCAGCCAGGUGUCCAGAGUGGUGGUUACCAUAGAGACGCUGGACUUGAAUGACAAUGCGCCCGAGCUGGACAGACAGUACACAGCAGCCAUGUGUGACUCAUCAGCCACUGGACAGGUGGUGCAGGUGUUGCGUGCCAUUGAUCGAGAUGAGGGAGGGAAUGACAGUGCUGUAUAUUUCAACAUCCCUCCAGAGUCCAGCUUCGCCCUCAACUUCAGCAUUAGGGACAGUGGAGGCCCCAGUGCCACCCUCUUGCUCCUGUCGCCCCUGCAGCCCCUCUCCCACUCCUUCUCCUCCUCCCUCACGCUACACGUUCCCCUGGUGUUAAGGGAUGGGACGUCUGGCCUGACCUCCACCGGGACGGUCACUGUGUCUAUCUGCCCCUGCCUGAGAGGAGGGGCCCGGGCUGGGGAGAAGGAGAGACAGGAGAGGCAGACGGAGGGAGACUGGGAGUGGGAGAGAGAGACGGUGUGUGUCCCACAGCAGUCUACCUCCCCCUCCCCUGGGCUCAGCACUGCCGCCCUGCUGGCCAUCUUGGCCUGUGUUGCCACUCUGCUGGCAGUCAGUGCCCUGUCCCUGUCCCUGCGUCGUCAGAAGCGGGACUCUCUGUCUCCCCUGGAGGAGGAUGAUGUUAGGGAGAACAUCAUCACCUACGAUGACGAGGGAGGAGGCGAGGCCGACACGGCUGCCUUUGACAUCGCAGCGCUCCAGAGCGCCCCCCACAGCUCACGCAGGGGAUACCGCACUCUGGACAGCAGGAACAUCCUUGUCACACCCUAUCUUCUGUCCCCCAGACGCUACUCCCAGCACGUCCAGGACAAGGCCCGUGCAUACAACUGGGCCCAGAACCCAGCCCUGGACCCGGCCUACUCCGGCCCUGGGGGACCCCUGUACGGCCGCCUCUGCUACAGCAGCCACACCCUGCCAGUUCUCCGACGUAAUCCAGGGGGCCAGUUUGAGCCGGGCUUGGCUGAGCUGGCCUACCGCUUCCCUGGGGGCCACCCAGACCACUCUCUGGUCAUCCAGAAUCAGGGGGCCAUGGUGGGGGCCCUGGAGCCAGGGGCCGUUUACGUAGGACCAGCUGAAAUGAGCAGCAGAGAGAGUAGAGACGGAACAGGCCCACAGAGCGGGGUUAGCACCUCAGAUGGAGGGACGCCACGGACCAAUAACAGCCGGGAGAGGGGUGAAGGGGGAGGAGCUAUGAGCAACUGUACAGAGAACAGUAGUGAGCAGCAGAGCCACAGUCAGGACUCGGUGAACUGGGUCCAGUCUGAGACCCCCCCUCGAGAGAGGGAGCACACCCUGGUCCUGACCCGUUCCGGCUCCAUGGCUGGCCAGAGUCACGGUGGCGCCUGGGUGUGUGAUUCAGCCACCCUGCCCAUGGCGGGUCGCAGGGCCUUCCACGCCGGCCUGUCCCCCAAACGCACUGGCUCUGGUUCAGCUGAACCAGAAACCUCUGGUGGUGGAUGUGGUGGUGGAGGGCCUGGAACCAACUGCCCAGAUGGCCAGUCUCAGCAGUCAGCCGCCCGCAACUACGCCAGCAUCCUGCAGGGGGAGGCAGCGGGACAGAGGCAGGAUUACCCCGGGAGCCUGGGGAGGGGAGGGCUAGAGAUGGGAAGCAACUUUGUGGUGGCCAGGCCGGACAGGGAGGGUGGAGGAAUAUCUCUGACCGGGACUUCUUGCGGGGGGAUGUACCCAGAAGGGUUCAUGGCUGACUGGCGGGACAGGGUGGGUAUGGGGGCAUACGUUUUAGGAAGGAGGGAUAUGACCCCCCAGAUGCUGCCCUUCCCAGGUCACGCCAGGGGCGCAUACGGGGGCAUCAUGGGGUACGGGGCAGGGUGGGUCCAAGGGAUGGAGGCAGGGAGAGGGGGUCCAGUACCAGGUGGUCACUCCUUGGCCCUCAGGGUGGGUGAGUUCCUCCGCCUGCGUCUGGCUCAGGUCACCUUUGACCCCUCACAGCCGCCCUAUGAUUCAGUGCAGGUGUACGGGCUGGAGGGUACAGGGUCACGUGCAGGCUCCCUCAGCUCACUGGAGAGUGAGGGAGAGAAGGAUGCAGAGAAGGAGGAGUGGGGAGGAGGGCUGGAGGAGUGGGGUCCGCAGUUUCAGGAACUAGCCAAGCUGUUCCAUGAUAGGGAGAAAGAUAAAGUGGAGGAGAAGGAGGUAGAGAACAACAAAAAAGAGGAUGCAAAAGAGGAGGGGGAGAAAGAGGAGCACUCUGGAGAUGAGAAGAACGACUGAGAGGGAGAAGGAAAAGGAGAGAGAAUGAAGGAGGGGUAAAAGGCAAGCAGAGCUAGAGUAAUGGGAGGAGAAGUUAAAGGAGAGAGGGAGAGUAAUAAAGAGACAGAGAAAAAAAUGUGCCCAGGGAAGGUGAGGGCAUGGGAGGGAAGGUGAGGGCAUGGGAGGGAA